UCUGCAGAAAUCCUUCAGAAGCACCCCGCAAUUCUUUGUGGGGAAGGUGAACGAUCAGACAAUCCGCGAGAUCCGGGGUACGAUUCUCAGUAUGCAGGCCAGGACACCACACGAAUACGCGUAUUGAGGCAGCCUCUUGGAUGGUCUGGGUCACGACUGGGUUCGGACGAACUUGGUCUCCUCGCAGCUCGCGACCCUCAACACCGACGACACGGAAACAUAAGGUCCACGGUGAUGAGACGUUGCUGGAAGAUAAAACAGGCUUUGUUGCCCGGGUAUAUCGGUGCGUUUUCAUGAUGCUUUCUCCAGGCCUCUCCCGGUGAAUCGCGUCUGGUCACCUCCACCAUGCGCAUUCUUCGCAGUCUUCUCUCCGUCAUUACCAUUGCCGUCGCGGCUUCCGGUCAAGACGUCGACGCGGCAUCGACAUCCCAAAGGCCUCCAAGGCCGGAGCCUAUUGAUGUGGUUGAGCUUCCCCUGCCACCCGUUGCACCGAGCCGCGCCGAGGGGGCCUGUACGCCUCUCAUCAACCCGCGGCGGACCGGGUGCAUCGGUAUCGAGACUCUCAGCUUCCAGGCCGGUGAUUUCACCCCGGACGGGAACCACGUCAUUGUCAACGUCGAGUUUGUCGGCGCGCCCGCGGCCCCCAACCCGGCCAGCAUCUACGCGGGCGAGCAGCUGAUCCUCAUCAAGGCUGACGGCACCACCUUCCCCAACGGCGAUCCAUGGAAGUGCCUCAGCUGCGGCGUACCCCCUGAUCAGGCCCGGUCGCUCGACCCAGAGAGGGACUAUCCCCACGUGUUCCGGAGCGGAAAGAAGGCUCUCUGGGGCCACAAUAUCCUCGACUGUGGCGGAGUCGACUUGGCCAGCGACGGGUGCACUGCGAAUCGGACACACAUCUAUCCAAUCCACUGGCCCAUCACUGUGGAUGGUUCCGGCCGGGGCGGCGUCCCCCGUGAGCUGCGCCUGCACCCUGACGACGUGCACAUGGGCUGGAGCUCGUUCACCGCGAACGGCGGCCAGUUCUGCUACUUUGGCCGCCUCCAGUUCAACGCUAAUCCCACCGUGGGCGAGCCUCUUGCUCCUCGCUACGACCUCGUCAACGUGAGCCUGUUGGACGCUCGGGACGAAAAGCUGAGAGCACCCAUCGCGGCUGAGGGCGGCGAGCUGCGCGUCAACCGCGCUGCCAUCACGGUGGGCGAACUCCGUGGUUUCAGCGGCGCCGGCGACGAGAUUCUCUACAUUGGUGCGCCGUGGGAGGCCAACAACAUUGACGUACUUGCCGUCCACGUCGUGACGGGAGCUGUGCGGCGUCUCACCAGCCACCCGGACUACACCGACCCCGUCGCCUUCUCCCCCGACAACAAGUGGUUUGUCGCAAUGGACACGCGCGUGUCCCAGCGGCAGAUGUGGAUGUCAGGCAUGCGCUGGCUGCCCCCGCUGGUCGACAUCGUCGCCGUGACGGCCGCAUCCUCCACGCGCAACAACCACGAGCGCCGAUUCUUCCAGCCCAUUCUCAUCGACCGCUACGGAGACCGCGGCGACUACUUCGGCCAGCAAGUCAACGCGGGCGGCGACGGAAGCAACGGCAGCGCCAACGACCCGAACUGGAACGGCAGAGCCGAUCCCGCCUUCUCCCAUGACGGCACCAAGAUCGUCUACUGGCAGGCGCUGGUGGUCCCGCCGGCCUGCGGCGGCGCCAACCCCCUGCCCUGCCCGGUCUCGACAGCCGAAGGCGGCCGGACAUACCGCGUCAUGCUCGCCCGACUCACCAGUCGGAAACCAGGCAAGCCGGUCAAGGUCUUUGACGUUCCGGAUUACAUCCCCUGGGCCACGCCAUUCCCGCCGGGCUCUACGCUCCCCGAAUCGCCGUACAGCUUGCUGCCCGGCAACUACACCAUCCGCGGUCGCGUCUCCGGGGACGCCGACGUGGUCCUCGGUGAAGACCCAGUGAUUGCCGGCCGCAUCGGGUCAGUCUCGGUUACGUACCAGAACUAUUCCGACGAACGCGGCUACGUCGUGAACGGCCACGAGCAAGUCUCGGUCGAGAUUAAGCUCCCUGACGUCUGGAAUAACCUGGUCCACUGGUACUCGGACAUUGUGCAGACGGGCGUGGUCCGGGCGACCAAGAAGACGAGCCCUGGCGGGUUCCAUCUCGAGAUCCAUGCUGUGACCAACGUGUUUCAGGCAAAUGGCACGUUGACGACGACGAUCAACGGGGUGGAGUACAAGCAGCCGGCAAAUGGAACUUGAGAAGUUGCGGCGAGAAUAUGUGACAGCAUGCCUUGACGCUGAAUCUGUACUUAGGUACUCAACCGACAAAGAGGGAGGAUAGCAAUCUACGUAGUCGGAACUGUGAUCGGAAAGAAAUUUCUC